UGGCGUUACUGACGUUUUGCUUAUUUAAAGUACUUUUGCUAAAAUUUAGUUAAUUUCAAACAUAGAGGACUCAUCGACUGUAGGGAAAUUAAAAUUAUUGUUUUAUUUUAACAAAAUAAUAAUUCAUGAUGAGUGUUGAAGAGGAAGUUCUGCGUAUACAAAAGAAACUAAACAAAAUGACCUCAAGUGACGGGACUGGCCAAGAACAAGCUCUAGACAUACUCAAAGAAUUGCAGACGUUAGAUAUUAAUUUAGAAGUACUGACUAAAACAAGAAUUGGAAUGACUGUUAAUGCACUCCGGAAGUCUAGUAAAGAUGAUGAAGUUAUUAGUUUAGCUAAAACAUUAAUAAAAAAUUGGAAAAAAUUCUUAUCAGCAUCUAAUAGUACAAAAGAAAGCAGCAAUACAAGUUCAAGCAAGGUUUCUAAAAAGGAAGGCCGGGAUGAUAAAAAAGAAAGUAAAGAGCGAGAUAAAGAAAAGGACUCCAGGAAAUUACCCAACCAAUUUCCACCAACCAGUUCAACGACUACUGAUGCUGUACGUUUAAAAUGUAGAGAGAUGCUUGCAGCAGCUUUAACUGUUGACAGGGAAGAAUUUGAAGGUUGUGCAACAGCUGAAGAAUUGGCAGAAGAACUUGAAGAGGCAAUAUUUCAGGAAUUUAAAAACACAGACAUGAGAUACAAGAAUCGAAUUCGUUCGCGAAUCGCAAAUUUGAAAGACGCGAAAAACCCAAAUUUGCGCACAAACUUCCGCGUAGGCGCUAUUAGCGCUUCGAGACUUGCCACGAUGACUGCAGAAGAAAUGGCGAAUGACGAAAUAAAGCAGUUGCGGGAAAAAUUCAAGAAAGAAGCCAUAAAUGACGCCCAGCUCGCCACCGUACAGGGUACUAAAACGGAUCUGCUCAAGUGCGGCAAGUGCAAGAAGAGGAACUGUACAUAUAACCAGGUGCAAACAAGGUCUGCUGAUGAGCCUAUGACCACGUUUGUUCUCUGCAACGAAUGUGGUAACCGAUGGAAGUUUUGUUGAAGCGUUUUUCAGGGUGCGAUUUUACUUACUGUUAAAAAAAAAUAUAUUUACUUAAACUGGAACCAAUCAACCAAACAACACCUUUUUUGUGGGUUUGAAAAGGUGUAUGUAUAUGAGAGACGAUGAGUUGUAAACGUUUUAUUUUGCUGCAUCGUUUUAUAAUUAUUUUUUUUUAAUUAGGUGCCUAUGCCUGAAAAAAAAAAUUUAUGAUUUAAAUGAAACUGUUUCUAACAAAACUGUCAAUGUGUUAAUAAAUAGGUACUUACUACAAUCUGCUCAUUAUAAAACAUGUAAGGAUACGAUAUUAUUUAAAAUGUUAGUCUUUGUGUGAAGCAUACACAGUGGCUACUUUUCUUGUAAUCUUUGUAGUUAUUAGAAGCACAUAUUGCUCAUUUUUGGAUUCUUACCCUGUCUUUUUCCAGUUACACAUCUUCAUUCUUAGUAAUAAAAAAAAACCGGUCUUACAGUAGUCAUCAAUGAUGUCUAACAUCGAAGUUCGGUAUCAAAGUUAUAGUUUUACAACAUAAGCAGUAUGACAAUACAUCUUAUUGUUCAAGACCAAGGCUGUAGGAACGAUUGACAGCUGUGUUUUUCCCCUUACUGCUUGUUUUGUGGAAAUUACUUCUACUAUCACGUAUUUACUCCCAGAACAUUAGAGUUAAGAAAAGACGUUUUAUUUUUAUUAUCAAUUUUUUAAACGUAUAUGAUUGAACGAAACACAAGAAUGUAAAAUUUUCUCUUAAAUUAAUUAUUUAGGAUUUCUUUUCAGUUAACUUAUAUUAAUAAAGGAAAUAAGUUAUUCUCUAAAAAAACAUCUGUUCUUAAGUUCUUUCAACUUCAAUUGAUAAAUUGGAAAGGCAUGUUUGAAUGAAAUGCAGUGAUUAUGUAGAAGAGUAUUUUCAUUUUGCAGAUUUUGAUUUUGUACGUUUCGUACAAAUGUCGUAAAUGUCUUUAAAAUACGUCCUUAGUAUAUAUCAACAACUUUUUUUGUAAAUAAAGUAUAGAUACUGUUUUCUUCGAUGUGUUAUUAAUUACAAUGUUUUUAAGAUAGCAAUUUUAGUGUUCAGUUUUGCGUCUCUCUGAAUAGCAGCAUUGAUAAUUUUCUAUGCACUUAAAUACAUGGAGAAUUAUUUAUUACAUUUAACAAAUAAAUAAAAGUCAGUCCCACAUU